CCUCCCUUAUUUUCAUCUCUCCCUCGAUCCUUCUCAUCUGUCUGUUUUUUUUUCUCAUAAUAUGUUUCUCCUGCUUUAUUUGCAUUUUCCAUGCCUCUUAUUUCAUCUCUCUAGAGAGCCACGGCUGAAUUUCUAGCUUUGCUCUCAUUUCGUGCAACCUUUACGCAUUCACAUCUCAGCGUCUUUUUUCUCAAUUUUCCUCAUUUAUCCAAGUUCAACCUCUGUUGCAUGUUGGAACGUCAUCGUCCACGUUUAGGCUGGAUUCUCAACUCUAAACUGGAACCAUGUUCUAUUUCCAGCUGGUGAUCAUGGCAGGAACGGUUCUCCUGGCGUACUACUUCGAGUAUACGGACACGUUCCCUGUGCACAUUCAAGGAUUCUUCUGCUUUGAUAAAGCCUUUUCCAAGCCGUAUCCAGGACCUGAAGAUGACAGCAAAGCUUCUCCUGUGUUGGUGUAUUCGUUGGUCACUGCUAUUCCCACGAUUACAAUACUGUUGGGUGAGCUGACAUCUUUCUUCACUAAACCUGAGGCGAUGCAGGAGAAGACAAUUGUUACAGCUGACUGCUGCUAUUUCAACCCGUUACUAAGGCGCAUUGUCCGUUUCCUUGGCGUGUACUCCUUUGGUCUUUUCACCACCACUAUCUUUGCUAACGCUGGACAGGUGGUGACAGGAAACCAGACACCUCACUUCCUGUCCACGUGCCGGCCAAAUUACACUGCACUGGGAUGCCAUUCACCCCUGCAGUACAUAACGGAGCGGCGGGCGUGCACCGGUAACCCUUACCUUAUCACCACCGCCCGCAAAUCCUUCCCCUCGAAGGACGCAGCGUUGAGUAUGUACUCGGCUGUCUACACCGUGAUGUAUGUUACUCUGGUGUGGCGGACAAAAGGCACGAGGCUGGCCAAACCCACUCUGUGUCUGACUCUCAUCUCAUUGGCUGUACUGGUGGGCAUUGUGCGUGUAGCUGAGUACCGUAAUCACUGGUCUGAUGUUCUGGCUGGAUAUCUCACCGGGGGAUCCAUUGCAGCAUUUCUGGUCACAUGUGUGAUCAAUAACUUCCAGCAGACACAGCCUCCUCUGCCACCCAUGCCUCCACCCGUGCAACCUUCGCGUCCAGAUCCCCCACUCAACAUGCCCAUGGUUGCCAUGCCCUGCGUCGAAAGUCCACUCGAAAACAGGUUCCAGGAGUUUUGUACACAGGCAUCACAUGACCAUCAGCCAUACCUGGUCCCCGCCCCUCCCGAUGUGCUCAUCCACUCACGUCGCUCCAUCUCCAGCGCAGUCUAGACACGCCGUCCGAAUAUACCACCCGUUCCCGCCCUAGACCCUCUCUCAUAAGAUCAUACUCAACUCAGGUCUAGAGCUUCACCAUACUCACCUCUGCUGCCCCCUAAUGGAUGACAGAGACAAUGACAGCAAUAUCAUUCAUUGUGGUUUGCCUGAAUCCUCUUGGUUUGUCCUUAGUGUAGACUGUUUUUUUAUGAAAGCUGACGAUAAUCGUCCACGUAUUUAAUUUUGCAUUAACAUUAAUAAUUAAGACAUUCUGUGUCCAUUCCAAAAAAACUCUCUUUCUUUAACAGCCAUAGGGGAACUGAAUAUCAACUGUGACAUUUAAAACAAUUCACUAGCUUACAAUGUUGAAAAUAUGACAAAAAUAAUAAUAUGGGGUCUAUUUUUGAAAUGUAGAGAUAUUGGAAGAAUGUAGCAAACUAUUAGUAAAUGUAUUUGAAAGGGAACCGAUAGAUCGUUUUAUAGUUUAGCACUAUUUUUAUGACAACAGGUUAUGGUUAAGGAUAACAUGAAAAGAUGUUAAAUUACUCCAAGAGUCUAGGUUGUAUACAGAGAUCAUUUUCAAAACUAUAAUACAUAGUAAAGAGGAUUUCAGCGCGAUUAGCUGGAAUUUAAAAGUGAUACAUAUGUAAAGGAUGUAGCAAAUGUUAUAUAUUUUAUGUUGUAUAUAAUGUGACUGUUUUUCCUUUUUAAUUUAUAUAGCUAAUUUAUUAUUUACAUAUUAUAAUUGAUUCCUUGACACAAUGGAUUGAUAUAAUAAUCCAGAAGACAGAUACACUCUUAGAACGGAUACAUUGUUCCAGAAUACACACAUUUUGUGUUACUUUUAACACAUUUUGUGUUUUAUUUGAUCACAAAUGACACAUAAUUUGUUAAAAGCAUAACACAAAAAAAUGUGUAAAAAAUUAACACAUUCUUUCUUAGACUGUAGACAUUGCAAGAUAUUACCUUAGGUUUCAACCUAAGGUUUAAAGUCCAUGUAAAGUUGUUUCAGAGAAUUGGGAGUCAAAAGGGGGUUGCACACAGAGGGAAAAGCGCCGCAUUUUAAGAGCGAGCUUAAGGGCUCAUUAUAGUUGUGCGUAGGUCCUAUGACUAAAGCCCGAUUUAUAGUCGUGCGUAAGG